AUGCACCUGUUGCUGACGCCUUUUGUGGCCCAGGUCCGAGACUUUUUGUGCAAGAUUGUCGAUCAAGACUCGACGAACCGAGAUUCGAUUUCCCCUUUUACCGCCCGUACCAUUGAAUCCUACCCCGAGCCGCACCGCAGGAAAGUACGGUUGGGCAUUAUUCGCACGCUACCUAAAAUACGACACGCCAAGACCACGGCCAUGAACGGCCUGGCACCUGAGCAAAGGAAGGCUGCCGAAGCAGCCCUCAAGUCUGAAGGUCGCUCAAGAAGCAAUGCACGACGAUUAGGCGAAUAUUACCGCUACCUUGAUUCGACCUGGGGCUCCCGCCGCUCUUGGCUCCCAGCGGAGUACUUCUCCCAUAAGGACCCGGGUCUCAACAUCACAGGGUCUAUGAAGAGGAUCACCGCAGUCGCCAUCAAUCACGGUAUCCGUCUUCCCUCUCUAUGGGAGCCCGGUGGUGCCUUGCAUCAAGUCGCUCAUUCCCAAGAUGUGCCCGCCCUCUCAGCAAGACCUCUCGCUAACGCAGCCUCUGAGUACGAGAAGCUAUUCCUGCCAAAGGACAGCCAUGAAUUCGACGCCAAGGCCGAAACGCCCGAACAGGGCAGAUUACAACCCAUCCCGCCCGACGCAUCCCUUAUAACACAGAUCUACUCGCCGGAAAUCACACGCCAUGUGUCUGAUUCCAAUCUGUCACCCGACCCGCCGACAUCACCAACCCCAGUUCUGUUGCCACUUGGCUAUGUGCCUGAUGCUUGCACAAGCUUAGCCGACAGCAAUGAUGGCGAAUCCCAAGUUUACGACAUUGGUCACGAUUCAUUUGGCAACAACAGCGAUAGAGAUGACGACUACGAUGCCGCGAAAACCCCUGCCCCUCCUCGUUCUCUGCAGUGUCUUCUCAUUCCGAACUCCAUCACACCCACCGACUCGACGCCAAGCCUCCCGCUAUCCGAGGAAGUGGUCAAGACAUCACCAGGUGUCGAGCGUGUGAGUUCUUCUCCGCCGAAUCAAUCUUGCCCCCCACUGGACGUUUCGGUUCCGGACAACGACGAGGACGGGUCGCCUCAUCAUGUUGACGCUUUGAUUCCCAUUCAAACAGCUCUCGCCCAGCUCAACGCCCCAGGGACGCGCUUGGUGGGGGACACGAUUUGGGCUUUGAUAAGAACGGUUGGCCCAGACAAAACCACUCUCAAACGCCAACAUAUCAAGAUCAUGGACCCCCUCUACUUCAAGAUUGCUGCUGCUGCUGCUCCGGAUUCUGGUCAGAGGAACUUAUGCGCCUUUUCAGAAUUGGGACGUCUGCAUCGCCUGCGUCAUUCAUACAUCCCGAUCCAUCAUCCAGCCGGUAUUGGCCAUUGGACACUUGCGCACAUGGAGUUCUCCGAGUCCGAUAAGAAUCCGGUUGUCUCGUGUCAACUAAACUUCCAAGAGAUGGCGUGUCCUCGCCAAAAGGAUGACAUCAAUUGCGGCAUCUUCGUUCUUGUAUUUUUCCAACACCUCAUUAAUGGGACACCUAUCCCCCAAAGCAUCGACCCAGCCCAUAAGAGACAGCGUCUCCUCAGGCUGCUGACGCCGCCGACAGACACCCCGACCCACCGUCGUCGUCUUACGAUUAUUCCCGAAGAGACUUUCCCCGCCAGAGAGUAUCCCGUUGCCGAUGGCCCGUUGACUGCUUUGCAGAGUCUGACUCCAGUCAACAGUCGUCAGAAACCGCAGUCAAACACCCCCGGCCUUGCCCUGGUUAGUCCGAGCGAACGACAGAGCAACAGCGGGAGCCAUAACGGGAAGCGCAAACUCCCAACUCUGGUACAUGAUCCGACAAGCCUCAAGCGUCAGUUGAUCGACUUUGUUACCAGCCACCGGGUAGAUGACGGGUUGCUACGUGAUGCCUCGUCCUGUUUGGAAGAGAGCUCUCAGAUGGCGGCGAGAUUAAGUCGGGAGGCGACCGAUGCCCAGAAUCUCGCCCAAGGACUGCAAGACAAAGUGAGGCGAACACAGAGCCAACUCAACGAUACUAAGAUGAUAGAUGUCAUCAGAAAGGCCACAGAAGAACGACUAGGCACCGAGUCUGCAGGAGACGAAGUCAAGGCUGCCGUUUACGGCAUCUUGGGGCACGCUCAACACGCCAUGACAAAGGCGGGCUGGACUGGUGUCUCGCUUUCCGAGGCCGAGAGAUCGCACGACCUGGCCCAGAUGGCCUGGAAGCAGGCUGGAGAGGCUGCUUCCGCAGCCGAGAAAAAAGCCCAUGAGGCGACCCGUCUGCUGGAGACGUUGAGGGGUUUUACCCACCAACAGCAACAACUCCGGGAACUCGCCCUCGCUUCUGAGGCUCUGGACAUGGCCUCAAGCUUUAUCCCUGGCGUGGAAAUGCAGGCAUUGAUAACGAAGGAGAGGAUGGGCUAA